AAGAUGCUCGGGCCAGCAGCCACCGCCAGCCCCGUCGCCGCCGCCGCCCGCGCCCGCCGCCCCCCGGGCCCCCACUAGCGGCCGCCUCCGCCUCCCACUCCGGCCACGCUCCUCCGGCCCCCCACCCCGAGCAGGGUCUGGGGGGCUCGGCCCUCUUGCCCCAGGGAGCCAAGAAGAAGGGGGGAGUCCCGUCCCCCCAGUGGCGCGUCCAGUCCCCAGCCUCUGUGGUCCCAGGAGAGACCCCACCCCUCAGUUCUUUCCUGGCCCUAUCGGAGACCCCCCUCGGCCCUGCCAUCCUGCUCACGGCCGCUCUCCAGGCUCUGUCAGCCCCCCGAGAACCGGCUCCCCCCUACCCCCGCCUUCCCUCUCCGGGGCUCCCCCUCCCCCACCCCUCCACCGCCCCCUCCCCCUCCCACGUCCCCUCCCCUCCCCCUCCCCCGCCCCCCGCCCCCCGCCCCCCCCAACAUGAGGAUGAUGGCCGCCGGCGCGGUGCACGGCCUCUUCACGGCCUCCGCGGCCCCGCAGCCGCCGCCGCCCCCGCCGCCGCCGCCGCCGCAACCCCAGCCUCCCCAGCAGCCGUCGCCGCCGCCACAGCAGCCGCCGCCGCCGCCGCCGCAGCCGCCGCAGCAGCAGCAGCCGCCGCCCCAGGCCCCCCCCAUGGAGCCCGAGGCCCCGGAUUCCCGCAAGAGGCCCCUCGAAACGCCCCCCGAGGUGGUCUGCACCAAGCGCAGCAACACGGGAGAGGAAGGCGAAUACUUCCUGAAGGUGCUGAUCCCCAGCUACGCGGCGGGCUCCAUCAUUGGCAAGGGCGGGCAGACCAUCGUGCAGCUGCAGAAGGAGACGGGAGCCACCAUCAAGCUCUCCAAGUCCAAAGACUUCUACCCCGGAACCACAGAGCGGGUAUGCCUAGUACAGGGCACGGCAGAGGCCUUGAAUGCUGUGCACAGCUUUAUUGCCGAGAAGGUCCGAGAAAUCCCACAAGCGAUGACCAAGCCUGAGGUGGUCAACAUCCUUCAACCCCAAACCACGAUGAACCCCGACAGAGCCAAGCAGGCCAAGCUGAUCGUCCCCAACAGCACGGCGGGCCUGAUCAUCGGCAAGGGGGGCGCCACGGUGAAAGCCGUGAUGGAACAGUCAGGAGCAUGGGUGCAGCUGUCCCAAAAGCCGGAGGGCAUCAAUCUGCAGGAGCGCGUGGUGACGGUCAGCGGCGAGCCCGAGCAGGUGCACAAGGCCGUGAGCGCCAUUGUGCAGAAGGUACAAGAAGACCCCCAGAGCAGCAGCUGCCUCAACAUCAGUUACGCCAACGUGGCAGGCCCCGUUGCCAACUCCAACCCCACCGGCUCUCCGUACGCCAGCCCCGCGGAUGUGCUGCCAGCCGCGGCCGCAGCGUCGGCCGCCGCCGCCUCCGGCCUGCUGGGCCCCGCCGGGCUGGCUGGCGUGGGGGCCUUUCCCGCCGCGCUGCCCGCCUUCUCAGGCACCGACCUGCUGGCCAUCAGCACGGCGCUUAACACGCUGGCCAGUUACGGCUACAACACCAACUCCCUGGGCCUGGGCCUCAACUCGGCCGCAGCCUCCGGCGUCCUGGCCGCCGUGGCCGCCGGGGCCAACCCAGCAGCCGCCGCCGCCGCCAACCUCCUGGCAUCCUACGCGGGCGAGGCCGGGGCCGGGCCAGCCGGAGGGGCCGCCCCGCCGCCGCCCCCGCCUCCCGGAGCCCUGGGGUCCUUUGCGUUGGCCGCAGCCGCCAACGGCUACCUCGGGGCCGGGGCGGGCGGCGGGGCGGGCGGAGGGGGCGGCCCGCUGGUGGCCGCUGCAGCCGCGGCCGGGGCGGCCGGGGGCUUCCUGACAGCAGAGAAGCUGGCGGCUGAGAGUGCCAAGGAGCUGGUGGAGAUUGCGGUGCCUGAGAACCUGGUGGGAGCCAUCCUGGGGAAGGGGGGCAAGACGUUGGUGGAGUACCAGGAGCUGACGGGCGCUCGCAUCCAGAUCUCCAAGAAGGGCGAGUUCCUGCCAGGCACGCGGAACCGGCGGGUCACCAUCACGGGCAGCCCCGCGGCCACGCAAGCCGCUCAAUACCUCAUCAGUCAGCGGGUCACCUACGAGCAGGGAGUGAGGGCCUCAAACCCCCAGAAAGUGGGAUGAGGCCUGUGGUGUGUGCUCCCACCCUUCUCUCUCCUCCCAUCUCCUCCUCUUUCCUCUCCUCCUCUCCCCACCGCCCCAACUCCUGACCUCAGCUUGGUGUAGUCCUGCUCCUCUUGGGAUGGGGCUGGGGUAGGCCCGACUGCACCCUCCCCUUCUGGUAGUCAUAGGCAGGAUUGAGUGACGGUUGGGAAGGGGGCUCAGAAGCCCCCUCCCCAGCCCGGAACUGACCCCUCCUUCCUCCCUCCCUGUGCUUGGCUGGGCCUGACCCUUCCUGUCCCAGGGCCCAGGUCUGUGUGAUAUCUGUAUAUAUUGCAUUUUGUUGAUUUUAAUAGAAAACAAAGCGUUAUUUUCUC